AUGUGUCGUUGUGUAACAGAUCAGGUAAAAACAUUUAAUUUUGGAUGUUCUCAUGGACAACUCAAAGUCAGAAUGACCGAUCAGCGCAUUGUGAUUAAUGUUAGUGGUCUUCGCUUCGAAACUCAUACUGACACUCUAAAUCGUUUCCCAAAUACACUACUUGGAUGCCCUUUCCGAAGAAGCCGUUAUUAUGAUUCUCUUAGAAAUGAAUAUUUUUUUGACCGCAAUCGUCCAAGUUUUGACGCAAUACUCUAUUUUUAUCAGAGCGGUGGAAGACUUAGAAGACCUGUAAAUGUACCAAUAGAUGUUUUUACGGAGGAAAUAAAAUUCUAUGAUCUAGGGGAAGAAAUUUUCGAACGUUAUCGUGAAGACGAAGGAUUCACUAAAGAGGAUAUCCAUAUUCUACCUAAAAAUAAAUUCCAAAGGAAAGUUUGGUUACUUUUUGAAUACCCUGAGAGUUCAACUGCAGCAAGAUGUAUAGCUAUUGUUUCCUUACUGGUCAUUCUCAUAUCAAUUAUUAUAUUUUGUGUUGAGACGCUACCACAUUUUAGACACUAUGAACUUCAAUUUAUCGAAGAUUCUAAUGAACUACCAAUAAUUUCUGCCGUUGAUACUCCUCAAGUUACUGGAACACUAUUUAUUUUAGAAUCUAUAUGUGUUGUGUGGUAUACCUUUGAAUUAUUAAUACGUUUUGCAGCUUGUCCACAAAAGUUAGCAUUUUUUAGACAAGUAAUGAAUCUUAUCGAUGUGGUAUCAAUUAUUCCUUAUGCUAUUUCAAUAGGGGCACUUUUAGCUGAAGCUAACAAAGGCCAGAAUCAAGCUAUGUCAUUGGCAAUUUUAAGAGUGAUCAGGCUUGUCAGAGUUUUUCGCAUAUUUAAAUUAUCACGUCAUUCUAAAGGACUACAAGUUCUUGGGAGGACACUCAAAGCAAGUUUUCGAGAAUUAUGUUUACUUUGUUUCUUUUUAUUUGUUUGUGUGGUCCUUUUUUCUGCUGCAGUUUAUUUUGCUGAAGUCGAUGCUAGUGAAGAACAAUUUCCAAGUAUUAUUGAUGCAUUUUGGUGGGCAGUAGUGACAAUGACUACAGUAGGAUAUGGAGAUAUGAGACCUGUAACAAUGUGGGGAAAGAUUGUAGGUUCAAUGUGUGCAAUUGCUGGUGUUCUAACUAUAGCACUUCCUGUACCUGUUAUCGUGUCAAACUUUAAUUAUUUUUAUCAUAGAGAGUCAGAAAGUGAAGAACUAACUACUUAUGUUCAUGUCUCAGAUGAUCAAAAAGGUUUCAAUUAUCCCGAUAAUAAAGCUUUAGGUAAUUUGGACGAUGAAACACUUGAUGAUAGAAAUGAAGAAAAAUACAAAGGAAAGAAGGCAGCAGUAAUUUUACGACAAUCUUUUUCACAGCCAUCUGAUCGUGAAAGAAUCACUUCUGUAUUAAGCAGUGAUUUAAAAAAUCUUGAAGUAGAACAUGAAGAAGAAUCCAGUUGUAUAGAUUCAUUAGGUGAAUUAGGCAAUCUAUGCAUGGAAGCAAGAAAUUCUCAGGUGAAUACAAAUCAAGCCUCUAUAUCAUACAGACACCAUCAUCAAGCUUUUCAAGAGGUUAUGCAAAAACAUGACAUGCAAACACAACGAUUCAAAGAUCUUUAUCCUCAACAAUCGAUAGCAUCUAAUAAUAAGCGAAUUUCACUUCUAACUCAUUCAACAGUUUCUCCAGAAGAAUCUUGUUUGAACAAAACCUGA